AAUAAAGGACUCCCACAAUGCACUGCAUCGUGUCAACUGACAGUGUGUGGAGUGUUGUAUACUGACCUAGGAUUUCUCGCGACCCGGGGGAGCUUGAUCAUUUAUACCACGCGUGUAAUUAUUGCGUUGGACGCUCGCGUUGAGCUCGUGCACACCAUGAGCAGUAUGAGGACCGUCCUGGCCUCGAUCGGGGUGUUUGGGAUUGUCGGUGUGGGCUACGGCAUGUGGGCCAUAAUUUCACCUGGAGAGGACAGGAAAAGGGAAAUAUUAAAGAAUCUGCCAGAGGCCAACCCCGUCCGAAUGGCGGAGACCAGAAAGAGAAAUGCCCUCAUGCUUCAAGUUUUAAAGGAUGCUGCAGAGACGAAUGAUAACAUUGCACGUGGAUAUGGUGGCCAGAAAUGAAGGAAUGUGUUUGCACAAAUAUCAGACUUUCACAUGCCAUUAGCAAUCUGUACAUGCCUGGGAGUUUAAAUAUGAAGCCAGUGACUUGUUUAAAAAUAAAUUAUCUGCAAAUGCUCCAUGUCAUCACUUGGACACUGUUGGGCGCGUUCUGUAAGAUUUGCUUUGAUUGUAUUUUCCUUGCUGGAAAAUUAAUCUUGAAAUAGUAGCUGUGUUGCGGACCAGUUCCC